GCAUUAUAGUCAAAUACGGCUCUCUAAAAUAAUUAUCUUAUUAUUUGUUGAAGAAUGAAGAAUGCUUGUAAAUAGGCAACUGGAUACUAAUCAUUCAUGAAUUUCAUCGAUGAAGCUUAACACUAUUAAAGAAUAGAUUAUUCACUAAUCAAUCUCCACUAAAAAAAAAACAGUAACGAUAUAAUAAUAUCUCCGUCACUCUGUUUGUGAAACCAUGGCUUCCGACGAAAAAACAGAGCUCCACGUUCUGUUGGUGGCGUUUUCAGCGCAAGGCCACAUCAACCCGCUCCUGAGGUUCGGCAAAAGCCUCUUAACAAGAGGCCUCCACGUCACACUCGCCACCACCGAACUUGUUUACCUCCGCGUCUUCAAGAAGCCCACCGACGACGACACCAUCCCUGCCUCCAUAACCGUCAACGGAAUCCACGUAGUCUUCUUCUCCGACGGCUUUGUAUCAGAGCCAGAGCUCAAAAGCACCAGCGUCGACGACUUCAUGGAAUCAAUAGGAAAAUCAGGUCCCAUCAGCAUCUCCAAUAUCAUCAAAGAUCACUUCCUAAGUAACACUUCCAAGAAGCUAGCAUGCAUAAUCAACAACCCCUUUGUUCCAUGGGUUGCUGACGUGGCAGCAGAGUUCGGAAUCCCAUGCGCAUGUCUCUGGAUUCAACCAUGUGCUCUCUACGCCAUUUAUUACCGCUUCUACAACAAUCUCAACUCCUUCCCAACUCUCCACAACCCUAACAUCCAAGUCCAGCUUCCCGGUCUUCCAUUGCUGCAACCACAAGACCUUCCAUCUUUUGUUCUCCCGUCAAACACUUUCGGAAGCUUCCAGAAAGUAUUAGCCGACAUGUUGCAGUUCCAACACAUGAAGAAGCUCAAGUGGAUUCUCGCCAAUUCGUUCUACGAGCUCGAGAAAGAUGUGAUAGACUCCAUGGCUGAGAUUUUUCCUAUCAAACCGGUGGGUCCGUUGGUUCCUCCGUCGUUGCUGCUAGGUUCAGACGACGAUGACGACGUUGGAAUCAAUAUGUGGAAGCCACAAGACUCGUGCAUGGAGUGGCUCAACCAAAAGCCACGCUCUUCGGUUAUAUACAUAUCGUUCGGAAGCCUCGUGGUGUUAUCGGAAAAUCAAUGGAAGAGCAUAGCGGACGCUGUUGUUCGGAGUAAACGACCGUUUCUUUGGGUGAUAAAGCUUAAAGAUGGGUCCGUACAAGAUCCGUCGCAAAUUCCGUCAGCGAGUUUCUUGGAAGAGACGAAAGAGCAGGGCAUGGUGGUGCCAUGGUGCCCGCAGACGAAGGUUCUUUCACACGAUUCCAUUGCGUGUUUCUUGACUCACUGUGGUUGGAACUCGAUGCUGGAAGCCAUAACUGCAGGGGUUCCGAUGAUUGCGUAUCCGCAGUGGACGGAUCAACCAACGAAUGCGAAGCUCAUUUCGGAUGUGUUUGGAACGGGGAUCCGGCUCCGGCAAGACGACGGCGGCGAAGGGUUCGUUGCGACGGAUGAGGUGGAAAGAGCCAUUGAAGAGAUUUUUGUGGGCCCCCGAGCAGAGGAGAUUAGGAAGAACGCCAGAGUGCUGAAACAGGCGGCGAGGGAUGCGGUGGCUGAGGGUGGUUCAUCUGACCGAAAUAUCCAAUGUUUCGUGGACGAGAUUCUUCAAAAUCAGAGAUGACGACAGAUUUCAAUUGAUUUGGUUGGGCCACAAAAAUAUGUGUUGAUUAGUUCGUAUAACUGUCGGUAUCUAAUGUCGAUGAUAUUGGACUGAUCGAAUUUUGGAGUUUAUGAAUUAUGAUGAUUCAUUUGCUGAAAUUCUUCGCCAUUAAAUAAGAGAGAGUUGUAAUUCAAAUGUCAUCAUCUCAAUAUUGAUAUAAAAAUUAUGAUUUCAAA